GGCACUCGUUCAACUCACACACUCGAUACUACUCACUUGCUGCUCUCGUGCUCACUCAUGACCAUCGAGGUUGACUCGUUCCUGACCACAAUGAUGACUACAGCCGAGUACUCCCCACGCUUUUACGAUAUCGGAAACUAAUAGUGCAGAUAACAACCCCACCACCACCACCACCACCUCCUCCACCUCCUCCACCAAACAUUCCAUUCAUCGUACAUUCUUUCCCCCCUCCCAUCUCAUGCUUUCCAUUUUUGGACUUGUGGAUUGAUUCCGUUGAAGACCGCAUGUCACCAUAUUAGCACAUUCCCAUAUUGCUACCUCGCCUGUUGCACCAUUACACCAUUCCCUCGAUUCGGUCCCAUGCAAUUACCCUUUUGACGACACCACCACUCCUAAUACCGUCUUCAACACCCCUUCUCUUCUCUCUUCUCUAUUCUCUCUUCUGCCACCCCAUUUCAACGAACGAGACGCCACCACAUCCCGCAUCUCAUAUUACACUUGCUCCUGACUAUUCUGCGCCCAAUCCUCUAGAACUCAAGCCAAUCUCAUCAGAAGUUACAGCACACACACACCAUAUUUCGGCAGGCCGAGGCCGCCCAUGCGAGUAACACCAAAUCGCACAUUGCAUCGCGCAUCUUGUGCAGCUUAAAGAUCCCAAUUCUGUCACUGUCAUUCAACCGGGACCCUAAUUUACUACAAUUACUUCUUCUUCUGGCUUGUGCUCAGUUUCUUACACCAAUCCACAAUAACCUCUUAUUCUGGCUGCGAACUAUUCCUCCGCGAGACCGACCUUCCUGUCAAUGAAAACUGGUUGCUUGGGUGUAGUAAAGACGACGGCGGCGCAAUGCUUUCAGCUCCACUGACUCCUCCUUAUGGAGAUUCGGCAGAUAAUAUCGAGAAUGAUUCAUCCAAUGGCCGUAUGUUAACGGGCGGAUCAGAAACUUCCUAUACAAACCAACCAUUUGCGCUGGCAACUCCGACGAGCAAUUCAAGUAUGAUUUUCAACGACUCUAGCGAAGGAUAUACACCGGGAGGUCGCCCCUUCUCCGAGGACAUGAUGGAAGAAUCCGAUCAGGAUAUGUCUGAUGGAGGAGCCCCUCUGACGACAAUACCAUCGCAUGCAGAAGAGCCCACCAUUGAUAUGGAUACAGGAGAUUCUGAAAAUAUAUACCAUAAUGAUUCGGUAGGACUACACCAUGACUCUCAGUACCAAUUCUCGGCCAACCCGUUCUAUACCCAAAGUUCGUCGAAUGAAUUGGGUGUGCCAUCGGAACUAGAAGGUAGCUCAUUUCCCCAUGGGGCCUAUAUUCCUUUACCUUUACCUGAAGCCAUUAAUACAACCGAUUUGCCAGCUGUGAUGUCAGAGGUCUCACAACAACUACAACAUAUUCAGGAUGGACAGGAACAUGGAGAUUUUGAAUCAGCCCCAGAUGAGCAUCAUGAUAUGUUCAUAAAUCACAAUCAGAUUGACAGCCAAAAUAAUAUGAAUUUCGGCGUCUUUCUUGGCGACUGGGCGACAUCUUUUGCUCGCAGAGGCACAAAUAAUUCGAAGCCUUCGCAGGCUGCUAUCACGGCUCAUAUACUUGCCGAAAAUUUUGAACCCAUGCGGAGGUGUGAUCUUCAGGGGGAAGAAUGUGACAUUCAGAGAAUUGACUGGAAAGACUUGGGGGUGACACGAUUGGAGGCUAGACAAAGACGACGGGCCACUUACAAAAACUAUACCAAUCUUGUAUACCCCAAUCGUCCACAGCUUAAUCCCCGGCAACUCCAUGGUGCAAGACUCAAAAAUGUUGACAACUAUUUCAAAUUUCGGCAAAUGGAUUUCCAGCAUGACGUCCACAUUAAACACUUUCAAUUGCGCAACUUGAUUACCUGCCCCUCACAAAACUGUGUGGUAUACGCUGCAAAAACGAAGGUGUUGCAUUAUGACCCUACCAUUGAAUCGACUCCCCGUGUGUUGAUGGAUCUGGCCAAUCCAAGGACACAGUCAUUCCAUUCUUCCUUGAAUGCUUGUCAAAUAUCCACACUGACUAGUGGCCACGAGAUCGUUGUUGCGGGUGGAUUUGAGGGGCAAUACGCAUUGAUUAGCACUAGAGCUCAAAAAGACGCGAAACAUACCGAAGGCGUAAUUACAGAGCACCCACAUGACAUCACAAAUCAUGCUCAAGUUCAUCUAUCAAGAUCUUCCUCACCUCUCGUUACUUUUGCUUCAAACGACUCUGGCAUUAGAACUCUUGAUGUCACAACCAAUAAGUUUAUUUCAGAGCAUAUGUAUGACCAUGCUAUGAAUUGCACAGCUGUGUCGCCCGAUCGACGUCUACGUGUACUGGUCGGUGACACUCGAAAAGUUAUGAUCUGCAAUUCCGAUACAGGACAAACUUUACAAGAGCUUGAGGGUCAUCUUGACUUUGGCUUCGCGUGUGAUUGGUCUGAGGAUGGAUGGACAGUAGCGACUGGAAAUCAAGACAUGCAAGUUAAGAUUUGGGAUGCUCGAUAUUGGAAUCGACCUGUAGCGAGUAUUGCUGCAGAUAUGGCUGGUGUCAGGAAACUCAAAUUUUCUCCUUUGGGUUCUGGCAGGCCAAUUCUAGUCGCAGCGGAACCAGCAGAUUAUGUCAAUAUUAUAAAUGCCGAAACAUUCGACAGCAAACAGACUCUCAGCUUCUUCGGAGAGGUUGGAGGUUUUGACUUUACAAAUGACGGUCAAGAGCUGGUUGUUGCAAAUUGUGACCCCUUGAGAGGCGGUAUAAUCGAAUUUGAACGUUGCGAUUUUGCCACCGAAGGUCUGUGCGGAAAGGAUGAACAACUCAGAAGUAUGAUGGAGGAUGAUCAAAGUAAAUAUAUGAUCGCUGGGAGAAAACGAGAUUAUGGCACCAGCCAUCUGGCUGAAGAACUUCUAGAGUCACUAGCCCUUCGAGGUACUACGAAACGCCGAGAGAGAAGAGCAGCUCUUCUAACCAACUUGGGAUCAUUCUAAGUGUUCCUAUAUGCAGACACAUUUCGAUUAAGUGAUAUUAUUUACAUUUUCCAGGGGUAUAUAUAUUCAUUGAGCUCAAAACAACGCCUCAAGUAUUUAUAGAUUGUCGGUUGAUCAUUCAAUCUCUCCAUAUACUCCGAUACCUACAUUUCGAUAUAUUCAAUCCGCUACUAGGAGCUCAGAUACAAGUCAACGGCACUUUUUUCCUUUGUUGGCAUCUCAUUUCAACUAUUCGGCAUUAUUUGGAGUCACGAAUUUAUCACCAUUGUUGGUGAUUUAGCACAUGGGAUGAGUGAAUGGCAUUUUAGGAAGGACUGCAUUGGCAUGAAAUGUGAAAUACCAUUUGGGGAAAAAUUCAAGUCUUCCAAGUUAGCGAUGGAGUUUUGGGGGCUGGCGUAAUUUCUAUCUAUUUUUUCUUGUUUUUGGCGAAAUUGUUUUUGGUUUGCUUGGAAGGAUUUGGUAUGGAUCUUACGGGGCAAGGUGGAACAUGGAGCCGGAAUUCGAAUGAGUAGGGAGCAUACAUUAUAACUUUGUCUAUAUUUUACUUCACUUUGAAUUGUGGCAUUUUUUGCGCCAGCCGUUAGGCAUUUUUCCAUUCGGAAACUCGGGAGGAAAAAGCUCCAUAUGAGCAGGACUGUGAUUUGAGAUGUUCGAAUGAGAUUGUGAAUCUUGUCGAUAGGGAAGACUUGGACAUUGUGAAGUGGAUGGAAUAUUUGAGCAGAUGAGAUAGGGUGGCAUAGAACCAUUAUAGUCUUCAUCGGCACAGUCGUCUCCACAGUAGCAUGGAAAGGUAUAUAGUAACUUCAGCAGCAUGAAUGAAUAUACAAAAGUUAUUGAGAAUUAACA